AUGCUGACAUCUCCUUCCCGAAUCAAUGCUAUCUGGAAGGGCAAGGCGAAAGCUACAGAGGCCGACUUUGAUGACCUCAACCCGGUGAUCACCUACCGCCACCUGCUCUCUCAAACGCCGGGCGUGUCGCAUCCUUUGCGCGUCAUCGCGCUUUGUGAUUCGGACGCGUUCUAUGCCGCAUGCGAGCAAGUCCGCCUCGGGAUCGAUCCUGCAAAGCCUUUGGUUGUGCAGCAGUGGGAUAUGCUGAUAGCGGUGAACUAUCCUGCUCGAAAGUAUGGUAUCAGCAGAAUGGACAAGGCACGCGACGCGAAGGAGAAGUGUCCUGACCUAAUCUGCGUACACGUCGCGACGUACAAGGAAGGCGCGAAGGAGCCCGGAUACUGGCCUAAUCCCGAUACGCGAACCCACAAGGUGUCUCUGGACCAUUAUCGUCGAGAAAGCAUGAAGGUCGCGGCAAUGUUCAAGGAGGGGGUGCCGGAGGGGGAAGUCGAAAAGGCAUCAAUUGACGAGGCAUUUAUUGACUUCACCCUCCCCGUACGCAAUAUGAUGUUGGAUCGAUACCCUUAUCUUGCUCGUGUUCCGCCAGACGCACCGCAUGGCCUCGACAGCCGACUACCACCGCCGCCGCCCAUAGACUGGUCAGGAAAGGGAGUGGUAGUGCCCAUCAAACCUGUCGACGAUGAGAAGACCGACGACGAUGACCAAAAUAGCGACGAAGAUUAUGAUGACUGCGACGCUGCGACGACAUGGCACGACGUCGCCCUAUCCCUCGCAGCGGAGCUGAUGCAGAAAAUCCGAGAGGACAUACACACGAAACUGGGAUAUACAACGUCCGCAGGAAUUGCUAGGAAUAAGUUCCUGGCAAAGCUCGCAGCGUCUUACCGGAAACCCAUGAGUCAAACUAUACUGCGCAAUAGCGCCAUUCCCAACUAUCUGCGUCCGAUGAAGUUCCAAAAGGUCUCUAUAAGGAAUCUUGGUGGAAAGCUGGGUGAAGCGCUUGCUCAGGAGUUCGAUGCGACGACGGUAGGGGACCUGCUCAAUGUGUCGUUAGCAGAUGUCAUGCAGCGGAAGUUCGGAGAGGAAAGUCUUUGGGUUUAUGAGAUUUUACGGUACAACACACGAUUCGGCAUCGAUCGCUCCGAAGUAAAGGAGAAGUCGAUCGUGAACAAGAGCAUGUUGGCGUCAAAGAACCUUGCGACGCCCGUGGCCAAGCCUUCAGAGGGUCAUCACUGGAUUCGGGUCCUCGCUGCGGAACUGGCUCUGCGGCUGAACGAGGCUAGAGAGUCGCGCCCGGGCUUGUGGCCCAAGACGCUGGUGCUCCACGUCAGGCAAGGCUACGCCCAGAGUCGGUCGAAACAGGGGCCAUUUCCGUUCACGCGUAAUCUCACGAUCGACGUGAUCGCUGCUGCUGGGGAUAAGCUGUGGAAGGAGCUAGUUGGCACCGGGGACUCUCCACGGGUGAAGAUCACGGCCGUCCAGCUUGCUUUCACGGGCGUGGAGACGAUGGAGGACGGUCAGCGGAAUAUCGAAGGCUUCUUCGGUGGAGCCGACAACACAGCCCCGAGUGAUCCCAACACUCAAGAUACUCUUGAUCCUUCCGACACUGGCGACAACUCAUGUGCUUUGCAAUCAUCGUUCACAUGCGAACGAUGCGGUAAGCGGAUCGCGUUGCCUGCAGAUCUUUUAGGGCUGGAGGACGAGGAUUUGCGAAGAGACGCGUUGGCGGCCUUGAGGAUUGAGCACGAUGAUUUCCACUUUGCUGAGGAGCUUGCGAAACCCAAGAUCAAACCCAAUCGUGGUGUGGUACCUCCAACAUCGAAAGCAAGAGGCAAAAACACUGCAAAGACCAAGUCAAAGAUCGCUAAGGAGCAGGAGGGCAUCGCGAAGUUCUUUACACGCCAAUGA